AUGCCGCGCCGCCUGGCCGCGCUGGCCGCGCUCUGCGCCGCGGGCGCCGUGCCGGCCCGCGGCGCCGCGGCGGAGCCGCCGGCCCAUGUCGGCUCCUCCGGGGGCGGGGCGGCUGCGCCGGAGGCGGGCCGCCGGUGGAGCGUCCCAUUUUCCCUGCGGGACGCGGGCGGCAGGGACCUGGUCGCGGAGGCGGCGGCGCUCCGCCGGUCCGGAGGCGGUCGGCGCCUGAUGGCGGAGCUCGGGCCAGCCCCUCCGCUGGAGCUGAACUUCACCGCCCAGGGCGUCAGGUUCAGCCUCGAGCUGCACCGCGCGGGGCCCGUGUUCACCCCUCGGGCGAGGAUCGUGAACGGAAGGGGCGAGGCGGUGCCGCAGCACCGCGUGACUGCCCAGCCCAUCUUCCGCAGCGAGAAGCACGGUGCCGUGCUCUCGCCCGUGGACGGGGGGCUUCGAGGCCUCGUGAGGAUGGGCGGGAGUCUCCUGGACGUCGAGGCGGAUCCCAGCACGGGGACGCUCGCGAUCGCUGGCGAGGCGCUUGCCAUGGAGAGGGCGGCAGGUUUUACAGCCGACGAGGGCGAAUGGAUGCCCGACCUGCACGGGUCGGCGAGGAUCUUCGACCCGGGGGCCGUCGAGAGAUGGACAAAUUGUUACACUGACGACCACAUCACCCGCGCUUUGUCCAUGGGGGUCUCCAUUGGCUCCACGCUCAUGGCGAGAUUCACUGGUGCCGAGGAUGCUACAGAGUGGUUGCAGAGCGUGUUCGCAAUGGCAAACAUGAUAUACACCCCUCAGCUCAAUUUCGUCCUGAUGAUCGACCAGGUUUACAUCCCGACGCUUGUAGGGGAGCACCCUGGCUGGACAGACUGCAGUGGUAUCGCAGGCCAGUUAGACUCCUUGGCAUCGUGGGACCAGCCAUCUAGGCAGGGCUUGUGGCAUUUAUUCGACGAUUGCUGGGUGUCUGGCACUAUUGGCUUAGCCAACCGUGGGGACACUUCUUCUAAUGGGAUGUGCCAAAUCGACAAGGUGGGCGCAUCUCAUACCAACGUCGGUGUCACAUGGGUCAGCGCAGACACCUGGCUGACGUUCGCCCACGAAGGGUCGGCGGAUUUCGGGGCCGACCACGCGUUCGAGAACGGGCAGGGUACGACGGGCGGAAUCAUGGAUUACGGAGAUGGUAAGCACGAGGGCAUCUACCAGUUCAACACGGCUUCCACGAAGGACGACAUCUGCCCAGUUGUCGCCUAUCGUGUCGACCAGGGCUGCGAGGCCAUCUCGAACUUUUUUGCAGAGUGCGGGAACGAGGUCGUGGAGGAGGGAGAGGAGUGCGAGUGUGCGGGGGGCGCUACUUCAUGCAGUUUCUGCUCGGGCUGCGUCUUGCACGCGGGGAAGGAGUGCACGCCAGACGCGCCGGACGGCCAGUGCUGCAACUGCGACGGCAGCUUCAAGUCCUCCUACCACACAUCUGCGCCGCCAGGUAACAUUUGGACCCAUAGGUUUAAGUCGGGCGUGUCCUCUACCUACUGGAGGCAUAUCCGAGGAUAG